AAAGAGCAAUACGAAAGGGAAAGGCCCAUUCAACCCGUUAAAGAGCAGCAUUCAAUCGACCGACCGACCGCCGUCUUUUGCUGUGCUAUCUUGCCUUGCACGUAUCUUCUUCAAUUGAGAUCGUCUUCUUAUGGCGGCGCGCCGUGUGGAGGGCUGUAGAGACUAGAUUGAAGCAUGCGCGACAAACGGGGAACGACCAAGGCAUGGCCGAAUCGUGAUCGCGGUCGUGAAGUUCCCGAGUCGGCCGUAGAUCAUACUCCGCCCCGCGACGAGGACAUCGCUAAGACACCUCCGAGGAGCACCAAUUCUAAACGAAGCAAGCGCCCAGAACCUCUAGUCGUUGAUCCCCCAUUACGCAUUGAUAAAUCGACAUCAGAGGUGUUUGAGAAGGACGUCUUAAGCAAUGAGCCGAAGAAGCGACCUCCGCCGCGUGGGGAUACGCGCUGGUCAAUGUCACUCUUAUUAGUGAUACUCACGCUGCUAUCAGUAUGUGCGACUGCUUACAUCGUGGAUUCCUUUCUGCGUUAUCAGCGAGAUGACAAGGGUUGCCGCAUGUCUUGGAUGUCACCGUCCUAUGCCAGGCUCACGAGCUUUGAUACCGAACACACGCGGUUCGCAAGUAAAUACUCGCUCUAUUUAUACCGUGAACAAGGCGUAGAUAUCGACCUCAAGCCAAAUGGUGUACCUGUUCUCUUCAUCCCGGGUAACGCCGGAAGCUAUAAGCAAGUUCGACCUAUAGCUGCUGAAGCCGCCAAUCAAUACGCUGAAGCGCUGAAGCUCAAUUCUUGGAUCGCUGACGAUGGGAAACGGAAUUUGGAUUUCUUCACGGUGAACUUCAACGAGGAGUUCUCGGCUUUCCAUGGACAAACUCUACUGGAUCAGGCAGAAUACCUCAACGAGGCGGUCAGUUUUAUCCUGUCACUAUACCACGAUACGCGUCAGUCCUCGUCUGAUACUGAUCUUCCUGACCCUACCUCGGUCAUUGUGAUUGGUCAUUCGAUGGGCGGCAUCGUUGCUCGUACAAUGCUCACCUUGCCGAAUUAUCAAUCGAAUUCCGUCAAUACCAUUCUCACUAUGUCAGCGCCCCACGCAGCACCACCUGUCCCGUUUGACUGGGAUAUCCAUCAGAUAUAUGCUACAAUCAAUGACUAUUGGCGGAAGUCUUUUGCGGAGGAUCCUGCGAACAACCCCUUGUGGCAGACAUCUUUGAUCUCAGUGGCUGGCGGUGGUCUUGACACCGUUGUUGCCUCUGACUAUACGAGUACGGCUUCGUUGUUGCCUGAUAGUCAUGGGUUCACCGUCUUCACAUCAUCUGUACCAAAUGUUUGGACCAGUAUGGAUCAUCAGGCAAUCCUCUGGUGCGACCAGUUUCGGAAAGUCGUUGCUGGAGCAUUGUUAGAAGUCGUUGACGCUCGGCGUCCUGGACAAACGCAGAGCCGAGAGAGACGCAUGGGAGUGUUCCGGAAAUGGUUUCUCACCGGUCUUGAACAAGGUCAUAACCUUGUAGCACGUGGAGCAGGGGAAGGACGAAGUACGAUUCUUGCCCUGCAGGACACCUCACAUGAGAUUGUGCCAUUGGGAGAACGCUUGAUACUGAGACAACUCGGAGACCACUCGACCAAAGUGCAUCUGUUGCCAGUUCCUCCCUCAAUGUCCCACCCGGGCUUUUCGGGGUUUUCUUUGAUUACUGAUCAGAAAAUUGGCUCUUCUCCUGGUCUGGCAGGAGUGCGUGUUCUUUUGUGCAGUGUUUUGCCACUUGAUAAGAACGACCAUCAUAUAAUAGCAAAGGACGUGCGGGCUACUGAGUUAGCAUGCAGAGAUGCGUCGUCCGAUACGGUGUUGCUUCCAAGUUCGAAUGACGAGGCCAAACAUCCUUUUUCAGGGGAAACAUUCUCUUAUUUGACUUACGAUAUUGACAGGCUUGGAGAUCGUCAAUUUGUGGCUGUGAUAGAUCAGACUCUCGAACCCUCAUCUGGUUUCCUUGUCGCAGAAUUCUUUGACAAAACGGAGAGUGAAAUACUGUCGGAAGCUGGUUUCCCAUAUUUCCUCCACAACGAUCUGGAAUUCACACUGACGCCUAAGCGACCAAUAGUGGUGAAUAUUCGUAUCCCAGCUAUCGAUAGCAGUUUACUUGCUUACACGAUGAUUGUGGGGCCGCAAGUGUGCGAUGAUUACAAGCAGAUCUUUGCGCCAUUGGUCCGUCAAUACAUUACUAAUCCUCACGAGUCGAAGUUCUUUGUCAACGUUCACCAGGCUGAUAUCAAUCUGCAUGGAGAUGCUCCUUUCAUGGUGCCAGUGAUUGGUCCGGGCAUACAGAAAGGUGUCACACUCCAGUUCUGGACAGAUCCUAGCUGCAGUACCCCCCUCAGCGUUAUCAUCAAGUUAGAUAUCAGGGGAAGUUUCGGAAAACUAGUGAUGAGGUUUCGAACCGCUUUCGCUGCGUUCCCUCUUAUAAUCAUAUGUCUCACCCUCCGACGACAAUUCGUCGAGUACGACGGUGGGCAAGCGUUUAUGAGUUUCGCCGAGGGCUUGAGCCUGGUGGUCCGAGACACGCUGCCGUACGCACUCGUUGCUGUUUCGAUAUCAUCUUUGGUUUUGGCGUUAACGCAUUCGCAUGAGGCUAUGGAUUUAUCCAGCAUUUUCCACCAUCUGGCGACCUCGUCGAUUGCUCACGAGGCGGUGGGUGGUGGUCAUAUAUGGCGGAACGAUAUUCUGCUGGGACUUCACAACCCUCACCUCUGGUUUUUGGCGCCCUUGUUUGUGCUCAUAUCAGUGGGCACUUGCGUUCUUCUGUACGUCGCGACAAUGCUUAUUGUCAACUUUUUGCAUCUGAUGUCGUCCAUCCCGUUGAGGAAGUACGCUGAUGCACCAGACGACCAAAAGGUCAACAAUCAAACAUCCUACUUCGCACAAAGUACGCCGAGAAGGCGCUUGAUUACGACACUCGUUCUUUUAUUCUUCGUCGCUACGUUUGUGCCAUAUCAGUUUGCAUAUAUCGUAGCGUGCAUUGUGCAGGUUCUCACCUGUACCCGGGCUUUGGGCUGCGCAAAAGAUCAGGGUAAUUGCGCCAAGGGUGAUUCACAUUGGGACUUUUUCAAUUACACCCAUUCGAUCCUUGUCCUUAUGUUGUGGCUCCUGCCUGUCAAUAUUCCUGUCCUGGUCGUUUGGGUCCGUAACCUCGCUGUUCAAUGGCUCACCCCGUUUUCCUCACACCACAACGUGCUCUCGGUGGCUCCAUUUAUAUUGUUGGUGGAGACACUGACCGCGGGAAAGAUGAUUCCACGAACGAAAACCAGGCCGUCGAUAAUCGUACGCAUAAUACUUCUGUGCUUCGCAACAAUUGCAGCGUUGUGGGGAGUCAUGCACGCGUAUGUCCUGCACCACCUUGGAAACAUAUUGGCAUCCUGGUUGGUGAUAUUGCAUUUUGCUGCCGUGGUCGGUCGCGGCGGCCGUCGACAACUGGCUUUAUACGAAUUGUUCUCUAAUGAUGAGAAGAAGAAACCCUAGAGUGAUAUAUUUAACUGGCAUUGAGUCAUUACGGUGUUUCGUUUCAUGGGGUUGUUUUGCAUGGAUUUGUUUCUGUUAUCUUGGGCGUUACUAACUUACUAUCUUACUCGUAAACAAUAAUACACAGUGAAGGGUGUUGAAUGAAAGCCUUGUGCGG